AUGGCGGAGGAGCGCGAAAGCUCUGCCGACAGCUUCACGAGCGCAAACGAGGGCACGCCGCUGAUUUGGCGGGCGGUGGGCAAGCCGUCGUUGCCCUCGCCCGCGUCGUCGUCGCCAUCGCCAUCGUCGCCGAGCUUCCUGGCCAAGCUCAACGCGCUCGUCCUGCGCGCUAUCGACGCAUGCAACCCCUGCGUCUCGCGCCGCCCGUGGCGGCUUUUUGAGAUUUGCGAUCUGUGGCUGUUUCCCCCGUUCUUGAGACGCCGCUGCCAGGCGAUGCUUACGGCUGAGUGGACGCAUCGUUUGCCCCUACUGCAGAGCGCUUCGCCGGCUGAGUUGGCGGCGGAGGUUAUUUUGGGGGCGUUGGAUGAGAUUGAUGGUGCUGAUGCUGAUGGAGAUGGGGAGGGGCUCACGGUUGUAGAUUUUUGCUCGGGGGGUGGAGGCCCCGUCCCCGUAAUCGAGCGCCUCGUCAACCAAAAGCGCGCCCAGCGCAAGCAGCAGCCCAUCCCCUUCCGCCUCACGGACAUCAGCCCGCACAUUGAUGCCUGGAUGGCCGCAGCGGCGCAGAGCUCGCACCUGAGCUUCGUGCCGCAAAGCGUUGACGCGACGGACCCGCCGCCGGCUGUCAUCAGCACAACUAACAACAGCCCCAGCGACCCCGAGUACACGUCCGGCACCCGCGUCUUCCGCCUCUACUGCCUCGCCUUCCACCAUUUCCCGGACGACCUGGCGCGGCGCACCCUCGUCAGCACGCUCGGCACCGCCGACGGCUUCGCCAUCCUCGAGCUGCAGGACCGCCGCCUGCUAAGCCUCCUCAUGAUGGCGCUGGACUUUGGGCUCGUGCUGCUGGUGACGCCGUUCUGGUUCUGGAAUGACCCGCUACAGCUACUGUUUACGUACCUCUUGCCGGUGCUGCCGGCUGUGCUGAGCUUUGAUGGCGCGGUGAGCGCGCUGCGGACGAGGACUUUUGGGGAGGUGGUGAGGUUGGUGGAGGCGGGGAGGGAGGGCGAGGCGGGGGUCGUAGGGGAGGUGGGGACGCUGGAGAGGUGGGGGUGGCGGUUUAGGGGCGGCCGGGAGCUGCAUACGUGGCCGAUUGGGUAUUUUAACUACGUGGUUGGGACGAGGGUGCAGGGUGGUGGUGGUGGUGGACUGUGA